AACACAGUAAAUGAAGCUCUUAAAUGCUCUGCUACCUCUCCUCCUGCAUGUAUUACAAAAGAAAACGCAGUAAAUGACACCCACAUGCUUUCUUUUAUCACUCACUCACCACCACGAAACAACCCCCAAAUAAAAAAAGCAAUAAAAUUUUGUACAAAAAGCAAGCAUGGGUUCUUCUUCUUAGCCCCGGAAUUCCUGGUAGUGGACUUCGUUCUCCUCUUAAAAUCUUUGGCGUGACGGAAGGCCGGUUCGUUUACACUAUGAAGUCUUCUGGAAUUUGGGUUUUGCCUUUUGUGCUCGCAACAGUUUUAGUCUUCUUCCUCGGUGUCUCUAGCAGCAGAAAUAGCUCCUUAUUUCCUGAUAGUAUCUUCAACCACCAUGCUGAUGGACCAAAAAUGAUUGUUAGAAACAGAAAGCUCAAGGAGAGUGGUACUGCUGGCAAUGUGAAUCUGGAUGACUAUCAACCCAUUGAUCCUUCUCCGAGUUCGAAAGCUUCCAUCAAACCUGGUCCAAUCGAGCACGGCGCACCUAUAAUCCCGUACAUUCCAAAGCCUUCGCCUCCUGCUCGUCCCAAUCCCGGCGGUACUCCUUAGCCAGCUUUAGACCUGCUCCCUUAAUUACUAGAAUCUUGAUGUUAAUUGCAACUGGGUAGUUGUUUUAACAACCUUCCAUGCAUAUUAUGUGUACAACGCUCAUGCACUUUUCAGACUACUUGUGUUUCUUGUAACAACAAUAAUUGCCCGCUUAUUCUUAUGCAAGUCGACCACUUUGUGGGGUUUGAUUUCUUUAA